UUGUCAAAGCAUCUGAGUAUGGUGCAUCGGAAGGAGAGGAACACACGCUGGUUGACCAUGACUUUUUAAACAAUCUAACCCCUGGCUACGAUAGACCAUGGUGCGGGGAUUUGGAGAAAGGAGAAGGUGAUGAUGACGAUAAUAUCACAUCUCUCAUAUACAACAAAAAGAAACGGGAAACUUUUGUAAAACGCGUGCAGGUAGGUUCCACGCCCAAAACUUUGUCUUGGAUGAUCAGCUGACGUUACCUAGCAAACUAUUCUCAUGAAUCCUUAUGUUCCCCUUAUUUUUCGACUUAUUGUGCUUAUAACUUCUAUCAUCGCCUUGAGCAUCGCAGCCUCAGUUCAUCAUCUUUCGAAUAAAUAUUCAUAUUCUCAAAGUCCAUCUACAACUAUGGCAAUUGUUGUAGAUGUAAUUGCUAUCCCGUAUACUCUCUACAUGACUUGGGAUGAAUAUACAGGCAAACCUUUAGGCCUUCGGGCACCGAAAGCCAAGAUCCGACUCGUUCUUUUAGAUCUUUUUUUCAUUAUUCUUGAGGCUUCUAAUUUGACCCUAGCAUUUGAUGCGAUAUCAGACAGCAACGGAAGCUGCAAAGUCGGAAACACGGGGUAUAAUGGCGUGGUUUGCCAUAGAGCUAAGACGCUCUGUGCUAUAAUAAUGAUAGCAUUGAUUGCAUGGGGAAUGACUUUUGCAGUUAGCAUAUUCCGGUACGUUGCCUUGCUCGAAGACUUUUUUUACUUGUUGCUAAUGAUCUCAGACUUGUAGAAAGGGUGGGUGGUCGAGAAGAGGCUGAAUGAGUGUGUCUUCAGCCUCUAACUCCUCAGACAAUAUUAUUUCCUUUAGUAAAUCUGGGGCCAUAUAAGGCAAGGCGUUGGGUACAUGUCAGUCGUGUUGAAAAUUAAAAAAAAAAGCAAAAUUUGUACAUCUGAAACUGUUCAUAUGUCAGCGAACAUGGGGGUUGAAGCAACUUUGCUCACCCUACUUUCUCUCGUUUCAAACUCUAAUAUCCCAUUGCCAUUGGCAAUAGGGGCAGAUGAGAACGCCUUUUCCUUUGUUGUACCAUGAUCUAGAUUCAGAACAUGAAAAGAAAAUACCAAACGCCAAUCAGGAUGUUUUAAGCCAUCAAACGCCUAUCAUCUACUUUAUUCACAUACA